GGGCCUGUGCGGGCGCUGCGGCGCUCUGGGCGACCACUUCGCCGACGGCUGCCCGCUGAUCGGCGGGGGCACCAGGACCCGGUGCAGCACACCCGUCAGCGUCGCGGCCGACUCCCCGAGCGCGUCGAUGCGGUUGCGGACGCCCAGGGCAGCGGCUUCGGCCAGGGCGGCGUCGGCGGUUGCGCAGAUCGCGUCGGCGCCCUGGGAGCUCCAGGUGUUCCUGCGCGAGCGGAAGAUGGAGAGCACCUGCUCCCAUUCCUGGAGAAGCUCGGGGUGCACGACCUGUUCGGCCUGGAGCUGGUGGAAGCCUCGGACAUCCGCGGCGCGAUGGAGAAGGACCCGGCACCACACGCUGACCGACGAGGAGGCUCGCCUCGUGCAGUCGAUCCAGGACUUCCGCGAGCACGCCAACGGCCAGUCGCUGCACCUUGCGCAGGCUUUCCACUCGCAGCACUACAUUUUCCUGUCGCACUACAAGGUCGAGGGCGGCACCGAGGCGGCGCUAAUGCGUCAAGAAUUGGAACAACUUCUACGAGCAGAGCAUCCAGCAGUCAUACGCGGCAUGGAGUCGCCGAUCUUCCUGGACUCGGAGGACUGGACCUCGAGAGCACGGACGACAUCCUUGCCCGCGUGCGCUCCUCGUCCAACCUGGUGCUCCUGCUGACCAGCGGGGUGCUGACGCGGCCGUGGUGCUUGAUCGAGAUUGCAACGGCUGUGCGUCACGGCGUGGAGGUGAUCCCCGUGGAGGUCUCGAAGCCUGGGAACCAGUUCGAGAUACCCAACGAGGCGUUCUACGCGGGCCUGGCCGGAGGCGACCUGCUGAGCAGGCAGGGUGCGGGCCUGAUCCUCGAGACAGGCUUCGGGCUGGACGAGGUGGCGGCGAGCGUGCGGCAGGUGUUCAAGCGCAUCGUCCUGCCGUACUCGCCCCACCGGCCCGCCAGUUCCCGGAAGCCCGAGCUGCAGAAGGUGCUGAAGGCUUGCCGGACUCGCAAAGCCGACGUCAGUGCGAAGAGCUCCCUCAGAUCAUCGAGUGCAGGAAUGGCGCAGUCGAUCGCCUCCCGGGUCUCGUACGACUUCUGCCCCAACAGCUCGACGGGCACUUCGAUCGGCUGUGUGGACGAGGACGCUUGUCCUUCGAGUGCGGGCCGUAGGCAUGCUGGCGGCAGGCCCAGGGGGCGGUUGCAGCGCGGGGUCUAA